AUGUGUCUGUUAGCACCUCGAUUUGUGCCCACAGGUCAGAGCGAAGCAAGAUUUCCCCAGUUUCCGCCCUGCUCUACAAUGCGCUUCUCAAACCUACUUCGCCUUUGGUUGGCCCUGGGGCUGACCGUGACCGUUCCCGCCGCAUUGGCCGGCAGCGCGCCCAACCACCGGGGCAACGCCCGCGAGUAUCUAUCGAGCAUCGUCGACCAAGUCUUGGACUCGAUCGAAAACCACAACCCCCAUGUUCUGCCGCUCGCCACAAUCUACAAGGCAACUGAGAACUCGCAUGCAUCGUCGCUCGCCAUGAUGACCGCCUGGCGCACCAUCACCAAGGUCAACCCGCCCAGUCUGCUCGCCAUCGACACCCAGCAAGGGUCAGUGUACUUCUCUUCAGUAGCCAGCGAGGGCAACAGCAAGACAAAGUCUAUCCUGCGUGGCCGGAUCAAGGUGGUUGACCGCGAGAUCACAGAGGUGGAGCUGUUCAUUAGUCGCUCCCGCGGCGAUGACGGUUUCGGCUUCUCGGCUGACCAACACGACACGAAUAACAGGGAAUUAAUGUCCCCGCCGCCUAACCGAACACGAGCCAGCCGGGAAACAUUGGAAAUUCUUGGGGAGGGCAUGUUUGAUGCCUCGGUUGACUUCCCGGUCACCGUUAGCAACAACUGUCAGUUCACCGAGGUGGGCUGGAUUGUUGUCGACACGGGAACAUACGGAAAUGCUUCGAGCGAUCCCUUGGCCUGCAGCUGGCGUACCGACAGACCAACUGAUCUGUACGCACGAAACAACCUCGUUGUCGACGAAGAGUUGGGCUUCGUCGUCUGCAGCGGCAUGGUUCCCGGCAUGGUUUAUCCAUACAUUGGCAACAUAUCGACCUUUAUCCCAGAUGACCUCCCGGCGCAACAGGAAGCACAGGUCGUGUGGAUCGAAGAGAUGAAGGCACAGGGCGGCGUGUCCAUGGUGUCCCCCAGACCUGCCAUGGGCGACAAUCUCCAGGUCAUUCAGUACUACAACGACGAACUCACGGCCUUGCAGCUCAACGUCUAUCUCUUCGGCCCGAAUAUGACCUCGCCCUGGCUAUAUUGA